ACUCUCAGUGCACGCCGUCUCGCCAUGGUGACACGACGUAUUUUAUCUUCAAUGAAAUUGUAUUCAAAAUAAAACCUUGCUCAGUGUCAACGACAUCCCGCGCGGCGACAAAUCGUAAACAUGUUUUUAAUAUUACUUCUGGCUUUAGUCGGGCUAGUGGCGGUUGUUUUGGCGUUAUUGGACACAUUGUGGAGUCCUCUGCAGCUGAUAUCUUCGUAUUUGAUGCCGUAUUUCCUGCCUUCCGAGGUGCAACCGCUGUCGAAGAAGUUUGGGCAAUGGGCCGUGGUGACCGGCGGUACGGAUGGCAUUGGAAAGAACUACGCGAUGGAACUGGCGCAGCGCGGCAUCAGCCUCGUUAUAAUCAGCCGGAAUCCCGACAAACUCAAAACGGUUGCCGGUGAAAUAGAGAAACGCUAUGGAGUAAAGGCUAAAACAGUGGUCGCAGACUUCAGCAAGGGGCCUGAAGUGUACGCCCACAUAGAGGAACAAAUUAGAGACAUACCUGUGGGAAUACUUGUAAACAACGUGGGCGUGCAAUACGACUACCCGAUGGAAGUCUGUGAGGUGCCACUAUCAAAGACGUGGGAGCUGAUCCACGUGAACGUCGGCGCGGUGACCUGCAUGACGCGGUUGGUGUUGGACGGCAUGGUGGCGCGCGGGAGAGGCGCCGUGGUCAACGUGUCGUCAGGGUCUGAGCUGCAGCCUCUGCCGCUCAUGACUAUAUACGCUGCUACUAAGGCUUACAUUCAAAGCUUCACAAUGUCAGUGCGCGAGGAGUAUGGCCCUAAGGGAAUCCACGUGCAACACCUGUCGCCACUCUUCGUUUCCACCAAGAUGAACUCGUUCUCCCAGCAGCUGCUGGAAGGGAAUCUGUUGGUGCCUGAUGCUGCUGCGUACGCGAGGCAGGCAGUCAUAACGUUGGGCAGGGUGGAUAAUACUACAGGGUACUGGCUGCAUGGUUUACAGUACACUCUCAUCAAGAUCCCUCCAGUGUGGAUAAGGACGAAGAUCGGCACCCACCUUAACCGACAGUUCCGAAGAGACUACGACGAGAACUCGAAAGUCAAGAGCCACGUAGUGCCAGACUCCGAAAUAGUAGAAGACUUAGUGAAUGCGUUGUAAUAUGAAUUAUGGACUAAAGUUCUGAUACAAAAGAACAUUCCUAUUUGGUAAGGACGGUGACCUUAGGCUUAAUUCUUAUUCUUACGUUUCUUGGACGAAGACUAUUAUUGAAAUAGAAUUAUUUAGCAAAAUGUUACGUUUAGAUGUAAUCUAGCUUUCUAUUGGUGAACUAAUUUUAAGUGUUGGUUCAGUUGUAUUUUUAGGUAUAUCUUUUUGAACAGACGUAUAAACAUGGAUUGAAUUUAAUGUAAACUUAGUUAUGCAAAAAUCCAUGAAAAGAAAAUAAAUGAUGCCUAAUGAACCGUUUAGUUGUAAUAAACUCUAUGCGCCUUUAAAAUUUUCAAAGAACUUUUUUUCGAUUGUAUUUAUUCAUAAUUUGUAUAAUGAAUACACACUUGCCUUUUAAUGAGGAUUCCUCAGGAGAGUAGGGUCUGCUUAAAAGGUUUUUGAACGUGCAGAGGAUGAAUUAAAGACGGAUCAUAAAAAAGGUAUAUAUAAAGCGAAUGUAGAAAUUACGGCUGGAAUAAAGCCUCUGUAAAGAACUUACGUUGAAAUAAGUAGGCCAGGAAUAACUUUAAUCGGCGAAAAUGUAUGAGAACUAUAAAUGUGGAAGAUGCCAAAGAGGUGUGUUAAGAUCGUAGCAUGUGGUGUUUAUAUUCCCAAAAACUCUUUGGUGUAUCUUCGGUGCAUUAAGGACGGCUGCAGGCUUCCUCCGACUAGUAUCUAAGUUGUCGUCCGAAACCGCCCCUGCGCAGUGCUGCCUGGUGCGCCCGGGGCGUCAGGGGCAGCGUGGGGCCUACCUUCCGCAUUCCCUUCCAUCUCAGGGGCGUUACAUAGUCCCUGCCUACACCUGUGGUCAUGAGUAUAUAUGUAUGGUAUCUUUUUACUGUAUGCAAUUUGGUAACGGUGUUUGUUUUAUAGACCUUGAGAUAGAGGUAGUCUAGCGUCACCUUGUUGCUUUAUAGACCUUGGGAAUGAGGUCGACUAACAGUACCUUCAGUUGAAAAAGAAUCCUAGUAGAAAAAUAGUUUAUUUGGGAUUUUGUUAAUUCCUAGUCUUUACGAAUACCUACGGCAUAGGUUUGGUGCACGUAAUAUUUUUGGACCUAAGGUUACCUUAUAAAACUAUAGGGGUGUGUGUUGGUGUUGAAUUGGGUAUGCCCAAAACUGUGUGACAUAUUUUAUGGCUGUGUGUAUGAGCUUGUUAAAAAUAGUUAUAUUUUCACAAUUACGAUUAGUUUAAAAACAAAUACGAGUUAAGAUGAAAACCAAAUCUGACACAAAUGAUUGAAUUAUUACAUUGAGAUGGUACCUCUCGGCAGUCGACAAUUUUAUGGAUCACAAGUAAACUAUUGUAUCUGGAAAAAUUGCGACAUUCACAUUUUAUCGUUUCGUUAUCUAGGUGCUGAUUACUACCAAACCCAUUUAAUCCAAUAGUUAAUAAAUGGAAAAACACUUCAUUUAUAAUCAUUUACUAACUUUUUUAUAGGUUUUAGAAGUAAACAGUGUCUAUAAAAAGUGAAUAUCGCCAUGUUUUCAGAUACGACAAUUUCCUUAGGAGCCGUCGAAUUAUGCUGGCCUCUUGUAACCACACAUACACAGACUGAUCCCGGAAGGGAACACACUUACAUGGGCCAAUAUGGCGGGUUUUAACACCUUGUGUACGGUGGUUACUAUCCGGGCGGAUAUAGAAUGUAUUCUAUCACCAGCAGCGAUUAUAUAUGUUUCAUCUAAAUAUAAAAAUAUAUAUGUAAUUGUGCAUUAUUUGUGUCAGAAACAUUUUUCUCAGUGCAGUAAUCGAACUGUGGCGUUGCAAUGGAAUCAUGAAAUGUUAAAUAUUAUAUUUAUUACCACAUAAAUAAGUACCGAAGGCAAGUAGUAAUUCAAAAUAAUUGGUUUUUUAAAUUCUUAUAUUAUGGCAAUAGUAAUUUUAAAACUCGAAUGUAUUGUAAAAAUUAUAAUUAUUGGAUGUUCAUACAUUUAAUAUGAUAAAUAAAUUG